AAAAUGACCAUUUUUUUCUUUGCCUGUACCGUCAUCAUUUUCCUGCAAACAGCUGCUGUUUCUGGCGAUAUGGUUACAGCCCUAGCAGAUAUGGAGGGCCUCGUAUCAACAGAGUUACAGCUCGUAAAGCAUCUUGAAAAUUACAUUCAAGAAGAAGAGACUAGACUGACGCGAUUGAAAAGUUUUUUGGAAGAGUAUGAAAGCAUUUACCAGGAAGCCAGCGCGGAUCCAACCUCCUACUUGGCUAAUCCACUCAACGCUUAUCUAUUGGUAAAGCGUCUUACGUCUGACUGGAAAAAAGUGAAAAACGUAGUUUCCCGCAAUGUUGGCUCUGAUUUUGUAAAGAACAUCACACAGCAUAAAAAUGAUAUGCGAUUGCCAUCCGACGAGGAUUUAAAUGGAGCAGCCGUAGCGCUUUUGAGACUGCAAGAUACUUACCAGUUGGACACACACUCUUUAGCUGAAGGAAAAAUGUUGGGGAAAAAGAAAUCCCGCCAGCUCACCGCUGAUGAUUGCUGGGAACUCGGUCGCCAGUCGUACAAUAACGGCGAUCACUAUCACACUGUUCUAUGGAUGUCAGAAGCUCUGAGCAAAUCAGAAAACGAAUCAAACAAAACCGUCUCCCGACAAGAUAUCCUCGGAUAUUUAGCAUUUUCUACGUACAAACAGGGAAAUGUAAAAGAGGCCCUGCAUUUGACUCGUGAACUUCUCAAGAUUGUUCCUUUCCAUCAGCAUGCGCUGGGCAACGUAAGACACUACGAACGACUUCUUCGUGAGCAAGAAUCAACACACGAACAAACUGCUGCCAUCGACGACGUCACAACAGGCAAGCGAUUUAACGCAACAAAUCUCAAACUGGCGAAGAAUUUGGCAACAUUUGGGGUACCCAGCGAUCUAUGGGAUAAUUAUGAAAAGUUAUGCAGAGGGGAGAAAAUAAUGGAUCCCAAAAUCGAAGGCCGUCUCCGAUGUCGUUACGUGACCAAUAACGUGCCUUUUUUCUUCAUUCAACCCGUCAAACUCGAAGAAGCUUUCUUAAAGCCGCUGCUUGUUAUCUAUCAUGAUGUCAUCUUCGACGAAGAAAUUGAGACAGUCAAGAAGAUAGCCCAACCCAGGCUUAAGAGAACAACAGUUCAAAACAUGGAAACAGGUGAGAGUAUACCUGUUAAAUAUCGAAUCUCCAAGGCGGCCUUUUUGAGAGAUGACGAACACCAUCUCAUAUCCAAGGUGAGUCGACGAGUCGGAUACAUCACUGGUCUUGACAUGACAACUGCCGAGGAAUUACAAGUUUGUAAUUAUGGAAUCGGUGGACAUUAUGUGCCUCAUUUCGAUUACGCCAAGAAAGGUGAAGUUCAUGGUCCCCGAGACCUUGAAUGGGGCAAUCGUAUUGCCACUUGGUUAUUUUACAUGAGCGAUGUUGAAGCCGGUGGUGCAACUGUUUUCCCUUCUCUGGGUGUGGCACUUUGGCCCCGGAAAGGAAGCGCUGCCUUUUGGUACAACUUGUAUCCCAAUGGUGAGGGUAAUGAAAACACUCGGCACGCUGCAUGCCCUGUCCUUACUGGAUCGAAAUGGGUGUCUAACAAAUGGAUUCACGAACGAAAUCAAGAGUUACGUCGCCCAUGUGGUUUGACCUAUACUUCCGAAAUGUAACACACUGAAAUCUCACUUCUUCCGUUAUUUUUUAUGCUCCUGCGUUUUGAUUUUUUUCUCCCUUUAAUGAAAUUUCUUUUG